GAGACUCAGUGCGAAAUGUACGGACUAAAUAACGGCGCGAGGCGUCGCAACAGGCACAAGAGGAAACCGAGACCCAUAAUUCUUGUUAUGGUGACGAUAAUUUGUGCAGUGAAUGUGCGAUCAGCCGAAGUAACUUGCCCAAGUGAAUGUACCUGUCGAACUGCGUACGAUGCCGAUUUGGGUCAUAUUCUGCGCACAACUUGUACACGAGGAGACAUGCACACCAUACCGGUGGAAUUCUUCGAUCGUACUGGUGAAGUAAUCAUUAUAGGUGCCCCAAAAGAUCGACCUAAUUUUCUAACAAUAGGUCCUAUUUUCACACAACCUACUCCAUUCGUCAACCUUCGUGAACUUCACAUUGUGAAUUCUAAUGUACCAUCAAUUGGGCAAUAUUCAUUUUGGGGACUUCAGCAUCUAAGGUUGAUUAAUCUCACCGAUAACAACCUAACGAGUAUAGGAGCCGACAACUUCAGAGGUUUGAUAAAUCUUACCCACCUUCAUCUCGAUCACAAUAACAUAGAACAUUUGCCGAGCGAAACAUUUAGACAUCUAACAUCAUUAAAAACUCUGACUCUAUCAAAUAAUCAAAUAUCUACGUUGGUACCACGUCUCUUUCGAAUGCUAGCCAAGCUUACAUAUUUGGACCUAGGUGAUAAUCCAUUGGAUGACUUAAACCCUGAAGUGUUUAAGGAUAUACAGCAGUUGAGAGUCUUUAAGUGUAGAAGAUGCCUGUUGAGGAGGAUCAAUACCCAGAUCUAUCAUUUAGUGUCUAAUUUAGAAGAAUUGGACUUGGGUGAAAACCAAUUCAAAUAUCUGACUUCGGAUGAAUUUAUCAGCCUUAAAAGGCUAAAAAAAUUAAGAUUGGAUGGUAACCAAUUGUCGGUUAUAGUUGAUAAUAUGUUCGGAAGAAACCGUGAGCUAAAACUUCUCGCACUGGGCCAUAAUAGGCUGGCACUACUUGCUCCAGCUGCUUUAGCGAACUUAACUUCGCUCGUACAUUUAGACAUAAGUCACAACAAAAUAGACAGAUUCCAUUUGCAAACUUUUGCUCCUGUUGUAGAAACACUCAGGACAAUAAAUUUUAGUGGAAACAAUCUUGCCUUGGCCGAAAUCGCCAUCGUUCUACAAAUUUUACCAGAAAUAAACGACGUGGGUUUAGCGAAUCUCGCUUUGGAAGGUAUACCACCAAAUUUUUUUACAUACAACGAGCACAUAGUGUCGUUAGAUUUAUCCUGGAAUAAAUUAACCAAGUUUCCAUUUAGAUUGCUCGCAAAAGCAAGGUUCUUGCAGCGUCUAGAUUUGUCACAUAACAAAAUCGAGAGGUUAGAAGAGGAAGAUCUGCAAAGGUUGGAAGCGAUAGCUCGCGUAGAUUUGUCGAAAAAUUUGUGGCGCUGCGACCAAUGCUCCGCCGGGACCAUGCUCGUGUACAUGGCCACCACGGUCUUGAACGGGACUAUCCGCCAACUGACUUGCUACUCGCCAUUGAGGUUGCGCGGAAUUAAAUUUUCAGAUUUGUCUUUCAAUGUACUGGAUUCAUGUUCAAGCAGCCACGAGGCACAGAUGAGCGUGCUGGCCGGGUUGCUGCUGCUGAGUGUGGCGGUACUGGCGGCGGUUGCGGGAGCGCUGUGCUGCACGCGCCGCCGCGCCGCACAAUACUACACUAACGAGGAGAAGCGCAGAGAGUGCGAACACGAUCAUCCUGACGAACUGUUGAACCGCACUGAGGUCGGUACCGUCGCCACCAUCCACGCCCCGUACCAGCUCGUAUCUAAAACCAGCUAACAACGAGCCCAAGCGCCGCUCGUCAAACAGCGACCUCACCGUGUAACCUUUGAUCUACCGACGCCCUCUGCAUCCACUGAU